UCCACAGAACUUUAUUUACAGUGGAAAUCUCUUUAUCAAGCUGUAGCUGCACACUCUGUAAUUCUCCCAAGCCUCCUCAACUCCUCCCCCCUCCUUCCUGUUUCCUGUCCUUUCAGACGCCCAACAGCCAGUGCUCCCAGUUCUAAUAAUCACAUGCAGCAUCUAAACAUCACAUUCCCUCCUCUCUUAAGAAACUUUCCAAAUUAAAAUAAACAUUGUUGUUCUAACCACAGGAACAAAUAUGAAACAAGACACUAUACUGUUGGCAGGAAUAUUACACUGAAAACACUGUAGAUACUACAUAACAUAGUCUCUAGACCAGGCAGGUGGUCGUCUGGAUCUGACAGGCCGUCUCUCAAGCCCCGGUUCAAGUACAAUGUCCUGUUGUGUUGGUUCUACAGUGAAGUCAUCCAAUGCAGACUGGGUGUUGGCAUAAUCUCCUCUUGGUGCAUAGGCAGGUGCAAGAUAAGAAGCAUUCCAUACCUGCCCAUCAGAAAGUCGAUAGGUGUAAGGUCCCUUCUCUAUGAUUUUAAGAGGAGCUGUGAAUUUAUGGUCCCCUUUGCGUAAGAUUCCAGGUUUUCGUAUUCUAACAAAGGAAUCACACUCAAACUUUGGAUCCUUAGCACCCCGCCGUUUGUCUGUGAAAGCCUUAGACUUUGCUUGGUUCUGUUCAACUGUCUUUCUCAAUGAGCUGGUAUCUAAUCAUCUCAUCUGCCAUAUUCCCAAAGUCACAAGUUACAAUCAGACUCCUCAGGGAAGCAAUAUACUGCAUUAUAGUCUCCCCUGGUUUCUGCUCACGCUGGAGAAAUCUGUAGCGAUUAGCUACUACAUUCACUUUUGGCACAAAAAAGUUCUUUAAUGCUGUGAGUACAGUUUCAUAUUUAUCAUCUGCAAGGGGAAAAGUGUAAAAUAUACGCUGCCUUUCUGCUCCAAGGCAGUGGAUUAGCAGAGCACUCUUUCUUACUUCAGAAAUCUCUGUAGCACUGAUUGCAAGCAGAUAAGUCUCACACAUAUGGAUCCAGACAGUAAAAGCAAUUGGAGGCUCACCUGGGCUUUGCAGAAAGGGUGCAGGUGGGUUCAGAGGCAGAAGAUCCAUCCUCACCGCCAAAAUGUUGUAUCCACCAGGCAAGGCUCUCUGCCCACCAGCCACCCAACCAAUAUCUCUGUCAUCUACACUGCUGCUGACCAUGUGAACCAAUCCUUCAGUGACUCCAUCCGUGUUACCGUGCCCCAGGGCUCCUUCUUCUUUGAUGUGAUGGAGGUCGCCCAGAAGAGAUACCCCAGAAGAUUCAGGUUCACGUACACACUGUGUGUGUGGGGCGCAUACAUCACCUCUGUGUGGGGGCUGCAGGCUGACAACAACCAGCGCACCUACUGGCAGCUCCUGAGCAACGGCAUCCUGCUGAAACUAGGUGCUGGGUGCUACGCCGUCUCCCACAGGGAGAGGCUGGAGGUCAGAUUCUCCACAUACUGAGAUCCAGGGCACUGGCUGGCCUGCUCCUGAGUCUGCAACUUAUCCCGGCCUUUCUACUGUCAGGGAUGCCAGGGUUCAGCAGCCCCAUCUGCCUCUGGGUGGGACAGGCUCUAGGGAAGGCUGCGUCUUGUAUUUACAUGUCUGUGAUUGUUUCCCCAAACUCUGCCUGUCUCUGUCCCUCACUCCUGAAAUAAAUGCUCUGCAACAGC